AUGGCGGACAAAGUGGGCUCCAGUGAGGAUGUGAAUACGAGCUCUGUGACGGAGGAGAUCUUCAUCUCACUUGAAGACCACAGCCAGCCCACCAACAAGGAACCACUCUCAUUUCUACCUCCUCUUCCUCAUCUCUCAUCUUUACCUUCACCAGUCUCCCCUCCAUCCGAUCAGGCCUACCUGCAAGCAGCAGCCAUUUUCCAGAAGCUUCGGACAGAGAAGACAGUCACACGACAACUUCUGCAUUAUGGGAAGAAGACAGACACAUCAUUACCAGAGAGUGGAGACAAAACCACACAGAGACGGGCCUACCAACUCGCCUUCAGCACGCUCAAAUACCAAGAUUUACUGGAGGACAUCAUUACUGACAGCUGCUUCCAAACGUCUCAGCAUAUUUCCAGCGACUUGUUGCCAUUGGCGAUGGUGAUGCUGUUUGACUUCCAGGAUCGAAGGUUUUUGUCGCAUGAACGUUCAUCAAAGGAAACGGAGGAGUCUCUGCAGGAAGUCAAGGAUCUGCAGGGCAGUCUGCAGAGGUGUAAGACCAAGCUGGCUGCAUCUCUAGCUCGCUGCAGAGUGAAACAGAAUCUGCAGAGCGUCUCCUGUUUUCUGUCUGAUGCUGUCAGGACCAAACAGCACAGAGCAAAAUGUCUGCCACUUUACGCAUGGGUCAAUACUCUGAAGACCAGCGCUGAGGAAGUGUGUGAAGUCUUACAAAGCGCUGGUUUGUCUGAAGUGGAGAACAUGACCGACCUCAGAGAGUCAACAUUCUGCAGAGACCCUCUCUGUCCAGACACACUCGUCUUCUCCCAACAGCUUCAUGCUCUGCUCCGGCACAGCAGCCUCGCAAUCACACAUGUACUUAACUCACAGGACCGGAGCGUGUGUGUGGCAGUGAGUGUGUUACGCCCCCUGCUGUUUGAGAACGGUGACGUGCUGGUGGUGGGAUCUUUCUCUGCUGUGACUGUAGCUCACAUAAGUGUCGUGGCCGCUGCCCGCUCUGGCCGGGUGUUGGUGUGCGGUGCUGAUCACACACCUUUACAGAUAGAGGAGAUACAAGAACUACUCACACAGAUGGACAUCAAAAAUGUGCGAGUCCUGUCUCAAGCGUUCUGUGGUCUGGAUGAGUGGGAUCAAGCCGUCCAGCGUUUAAAGGUCAUCAUAGUGCUGCCUCAGUGUUCGUCCUCCGCCCUCAAUGACCCUGUGCCUACCAUCCACAGUGAACAUGGAGACUGGGAUCUACUACCAGACCUGUCUCACGGUUGUGUAUCCCUGAGCAAAAUACACACAAUGGCAACCCAGCAGGCACGACUACUAGCGCACUCUGUCUCAGUCCCAAAGGUUCAGACAGUCGUCUACUGCACGCGCUCAGUGUAUCCUGAGGAAAAUGAACAGCUGGUGAAAAGAGUGUUAGAGAAAACACACACUCACCCCAAACUGCUGCCCUUCAGGGUGAAUGGUCCGAUUUUUCCUGAUGACACCCAAUCAGGAGACACGGCAGACUCCAAGUUCUUCAGGCUCGAACCAUCUCAGUUCACCAACGGCUGCUUCAUCGCCCGGCUGUCCCGACAGGCAGAUCCAACUAAGGUAGAAACAGUCCAGGAUGUGCUGGCAAGGGCAGCCGCAAAGGGCCUCCUGGGUGGAAUAAUUCCCGAACAAUCAAAAAGUGUUAAAAAGGGGAAAAGCAAGAAAAAUCGUGUGGCUUCAGCCGGCAGCAAACCUCCAUCUCCCUCAAGCCGACAGACAGGAGGGGAGUUUGUGAAUGGACAAGAUCCAGUUGCGCCUUCAGAUCAUGAAGACAAGAAAGGUGAGUGUAGUGAGGAGGAGAAGGAGGAAGAUAAGAGGGGAAAGGGGGGAAAUAAGAGGAGAGGGCAUAAGCGAAAGGUCAAACGACAACCAAAGCAAGCCAACAGGACUACCACGGUCUCAAAAAGCCAGAAGAAGAAACCAGUGAAGAGAAAAGUCAACCAAACGCAUCACAAGAGGCGUCUGACGAAGAGCAAGCCGAGAAGAAUACCUCGUCUAACACUGACGUUAAUAUCUUCUGCGAAACCCACCAAGUUGUCUCCGAUCACAGCCCUCGCACACAAGCUAAGUGACAACGCAACGAUUAAAUCACAGGAGAUGGCCUUCAGCCCUCUUCUUGCUGCCCGUCCUGCUCCACCUACUCCCCAUGCGGCCUCCAAGCAGGUGCAGAGACAAAACACGGGGCCUGAAAGAGCAGAGAAAACACUGAAGGGCUCAGCUGAACCAGACAGCCGGUCUAAGGCCAGGCCAAAGGUGGUCAGUCUGAAGAGGGAGGAGGUGAUGCAGGGCACGUCGAAGCCUGCAGAUUUUGCCCUGCCGCCGAUUUCCUUCCCGUCCGCCAGCUCUCUAAGCGGCAGGAGUGGCAGCUCUCUCUCUCAGCGUCCGUCCCGGGCCUCCAACUCUCAGCUCGCCCAAAUAUCUGCUUCCUCCUCCUCAAUCUCUCUGCCUGGAUUAUAG